UUUAUAAGCAAUUUAUAUUUUUUUAAUUUUAGGGAGGCUCAAUCCUUGUUGGCAUGUGUGUUAUUCAAGCAAUCGUCUGUCCUUAUCUACUUGUAUUAAUUGCUGUCCUUUCAAUAUUAUUUUAUGCUUUGUGGACAAUUUACAGCCGAGUGUUGAAAAGCAUAAAACAUCUGGAAGGAAAAUUGAGAAGUCCAGUAUUUUCUCAUUUGAGUGUAUCUCUUUACGGACUAACAACAAUUAGAGCAUCUAAUGCUGAAAGCAAAUUUAAAUCUAUGUUUAAUAAAUAUCAGGAUAAGCACACUUCAACGUGGUUUCUUUACCUGGCUUUAAAUCGAUGGCUUUCCGUAUACGGUCAUAUAAUUUGUUUCAUAAAUCUAAUUAUUACUGUUAUUGUUUUAGGUGUUUCAAAUAAUACAGAUAGCGCAGGAAGCCAAAUUGGACUUGUAUUGAAUUAUGGAAUACUAAUAAUAAUAGGUUUUCAAAGUGUUAUUGGAUUUACAUCCGAAGUGGAGUUUCAGAUGAACUCUGUAAAACGCAUUCUGAAAUACUGCAAUUUAAAAUCGGAAGCAUCCUACGAAAGUUUGCCAAAUAAACGGCCACCAUCUGAUUGGCCAGAAAGAGGAGAAAUUCAUUUCGAUAAUGUUUCAUUGCAAUACUCCGAGGAUAAAAAUAUUGUGUUAAAGAACUUAACAUUUCAUAUUCGCUCCGGAGAAAAGAUAGGAAUCGUUGGGAGAACAGGAGCGGGAAAGAGUUCUAUAAUUGCUGCGUUAUUUCGCAUGACAGAGCCAACAGGAACGAUAACCAUCGAUGGUGUUGACAUUAAAGAUAUUGGACUUCGGGAUCUUCGUAGUAAAAUAUCCAUCAUUCCUCAAGAUCCUAUGUUAUUCACCGGGCCACUUCGAAGAAAUAUGGACCCUUUUAAUGAAUAUUCUGAAGAAAUGAUGUGGAAAGCUAUAGAGGAGGUACAAUUGAAAGAAGUUAUUAGUAAAUUACCUGGAGGAUUGGAUUCGCAUUUAACAGAAGGAGGGCGAAAUUUCAGCGUGGGGGAAAGACAGUUAAUUUGUCUUGCCAGAACCAUUCUUCGCCAGAAUAAAAUUCUUGUCAUGGACGAAGCAACGUCCAAUAUAGAUAAAAGAACCGAUUCCUGUCUACAGAAAAUAAUUCGAGAAAAAUUCAAAUCUUGUACGGUGUUGACAAUAGCCCACAGAUUACAUACAAUUAUCGAUUCGGAUAGAGUUCUGGUAUUAGAUACAGGGAGAGUACAAGACUUUGACUCGCCGUAUGCAUUACUGAAGAACGUAAAUGGUAUAUUUUAUAAUUUGGUAAAGAAGAUGGGAGUAACUUCAAUGAAUGAAUUAUACGAAAUUGCCAAAGCUAAAUAUUAUGCUAAAGAGAGGGUCGAGCAAACAAAACUAUAACUCAGUGAAUUUUAUUAUAUGUAGAAUUUUAUUAUACGUAGAUCUAUAUGUAUAUGAUAC